AUGGCCGACGACGGACUGAACAUCUACGACGAGAUCGAGAUCGAAGACAUGACCUUCGACCCGAAUAUCCAGAUCUACACAUAUCCCUGCCCAUGUGGCGACCGCUUCGAGAUCGCAAUCGACGACUUGCGCGACGGCGAAGAGAUCGCCGUGUGUCCGAGUUGCAGUCUGAUGAUCCGGGUUAUCUUCGACUUGUCUGAUCUUCCUAAAGCCGAGACGCAGAGUACGAGCGGGGUGGCUGUUCAGGCUUGA